AUGCGAAGCAUUCUCGUCAACUUCGUUGCGGGGUUUGCUGUGGUUGCCGCGACAUUGCAUGUCGCGCAGAAUGAGACGUCCGUCACCCUGUCAAAUAACCGCCUGACAGCAAUCCUCGAUAAAGGCGCUGGCCAAGUGGUGGAUCUAUCCCUUGAUGGCCAAGAUUUACUUGGUCCGAAAUCAGGUUCGACGGGUAUCGGGCCUUACCUCGAUUGCUACUGUAUACCAUCGGGGUUCUACACUGCAGGCUCUACGACACCGGAAGUGGAUGUUGUGCAGGGGGUUGACUCGACUGGAACACGGUAUGGUGGCAUAAUUCUAACCGAUACCUACACCCCAACGGGCCAACAAUUUCAACAAUACUGGUUUCUUCGCGAUGGAGAGACAGGUCUUCAUAUUUUCAGUCGUUUGUCGUAUUAUAACGACAGCACCCCUUUCCUCCGCAAUCUACAAGAGUUCCGCACGCUCUUCCGCCCUAACACCGAGCUUUGGACACAUUUGACAUCAGGAGAGGUGCAAACUGCGCCACUUCCAAGCAAGAACGCCAUCGCCAACGAAAUUGUCGUCCAAGAUGCGACCUGGACAUUCAACAACACGCCAUCGGACCCCUACUAUUCGCAAUUCUCCGACUAUUUCACCAAGUAUUCGUUCUCGAACCAAUGGAGAAACAAUAGUGUGCAUGGACUUUACGCAGACGGCUCGGCAUCCAAUGGCACCACUUACGGGGCAUGGCUGGUGAUGAAUACCAAGGACACUUACUACGGGGGCCCUCUGCAUUCCGACUUGACGGUAGACGGGAUUGUGUACAACUACCUCGUCUCAAACCAUCAUGGAGAGGGGACUCCAAACAUCACGAAUGGGUUUGAUCGCACUUUCGGGCCUCAGUAUUACUUUUUCAAUGGUGGUGAAGGCUCGGCCUCCCUGGAGAAGCUCCGGUCCGAAGCACAGGUUAUUGCGAAUCCACAAUGGAACGCCGCUUUCUAUGAUUCAAUUGCGAAACAUGUUGUUGGAUAUGUACCUUCCAGCAAGCGAGGAAGCUUGGAAGGAAAAGUGAAACUUCCCAAGUCUGCUACUCGCCCAGUCGCUAUUCUUACCGUCGAUGGUUACUAUUUCCAAGAUAACAGUGCCGUGUCCAACUCUUACCAGUACUGGGCAGAAAUGAACUCCGAUGGCAGCUUCAAUAUCGACCGGGUGAAAGAGGGGAAAUAUCGCCUGACCAUCUAUGCCGAAGGUAUCUUUGGUGACUUCGUGAAAGAGGGUAUUAGCGUCAAGUCAGGAAAGAAGACCGUGGUCCGAGGCACAUGGAAAGCAGAAUCAGCAGGCGAGGAGAUCUGGCGACUGGGGAUUCCAGACAAGUCCUCGGGUGAAUUCCGCCGAGGAAAUGCUCCAGAUUCGACACAUCCUCUGCACCCACCGCAAUAUUUGAUUUACUGGGGCGCAUACGACUGGACUGUCGACUUUCCCACAGGCGUCAACUACACCAUCGGAUCCAGCGACCCGUCGCAAGAGUUGAACACAGUUCACUGGUCGGUGUUUGGGCCCACGCCAUCGAAUUCGCAUGUCGAGUACGACACCACAAAUGACUGGACAAUCAACUUUUACUUGACCGCAAAGCAACUACGCCAUCGGAAAAUGGCGACAUUGACGGUUCAACUGGCUGGCGCAAAAACAGCUGCCGGCAAUACCGAUGUGUAUAGCACAACCGAACCGUACAAUAAUCUGUCCCUUGAGAGCUACAUCAAUGAGCAGCCAGAUCCCCUGACCCUGGUGGUUGGUUUCAAUCAGUCAAGCAGUUGCAUCGUUCGUUCAGCUGUCAGCUGCUAUCAGGUUAGCUCUCGGAUGAAAUUCCCUGCUUCCUGGCUGCAAGAGGGAAAUAAUUCUUUGAGGCUUCAUCUGCCCUACAACGCUACCGACACCGAGACGGCAAUCCUGCCAGCCACCGUAUAUGUUCAGUACGACGCCCUGCGUCUCGAGGUGCAAUGA